AUGGAAAGUUUAAGCGACCGUAUGUUGAGGUACAAACCGGAUACUUUAUUUGAAGUGAGAAAAGAAUUGAACCUUGAUAAGCCGGGACGAAUUAAUGAAGCUAUCGAUAUUUUGGAAGACUGGGUGCAAAAGCAGCCGCAUUUCGCUAAGAAGGAUUUUCCUCGAGAGUACCUAGAAAGAUUCAUAGUUACGUCAAAAGGUUUAGUGGAGAGAGCGAAAGAAAAGUUGGACAAACUAUGCACCUUCAAGACACUGAUGCCAGAAUUCUUCAGUCCGAUCGAUGUCAAGAAAGAACUGGAACCCAUACAACAAAUUAUACACACAGCACAUCUCCCAGAAAUGACUCCUCAGCAUCACAGGGUCUACAUCGCCAAGAUUGUCUCUGAAAACUUGGAGUCUUCAUACGUCUUCAGUUACUAUAAGUACUUGACUGCGAUUAGUGAAUAUAUGAUGCAGGCCGAAUACUGCUCCGGGUUCCAAAUUAUUUUGGAUUAUUCCCAAAUCAACAUUCUAAGUUUUGUGACUAAGAUCAAUCCUAUGGAGCUGAGACAAAUCAUUACUUUAAUGACUGAAGGCUACGGCUGUCGGAUAAAGGGUAUCCACGUGAUCUCGUCCUCCAAAAUGGUGGAUACCUUAAUAUCCAUGCUGAAGCAGGUGUUCAGUGCUAAACUUGGUGAUAGAAUACAUUUACAUAAGACUCCCGACACGCUGAGCGAUUUUGUGCCUAAAGAAAUUAUGCCAUCAGACUAUGGUGGCAAGGAGAAAUCUGUUUUGGAAUUAAAUAAAGAAUGGGUGGAAGUGAUUAACUCCAAAGAGUUUCUGGAGUAUAUGAGCAUCAUGAACAAAGCCAAUACCAUCGAAUCCUGCAGACAAUCGAGCAAGUUCACUGAGAACUACGUUGGAAUGCCCGGGUCCUUCAGAGCUUUGAGUGUCGACUAA